GAAGAAGAAGAUCACAGCAAAUCUCCUACGUCACAGCCCCCCCCCCCGACUCGCUGUCGGCAUCAAUGGCGGACGCCGAGGCGGAGGAACGGGAGCGGCGCGCGCGGGAACUCGAGGACUUCGCGCAGCAAUGCCGACGGCGCCUGGAGGAGGUCGCCUCCUCCCUGGGGUGGAGCAUGGAGGUCCUGGAGCGAGCGGCGAGCGAGGAGAGCCUGGUCGUGUGUCCCAUAAACUCGGGGCACCGCAUGCCGGCCGCCUCGCUGGAGCGGCACGUCGAGACAUGUCGACUCAGCGCGCAGGGCUACUCCAAGGACGACCAGGAGAAGAUGAUCGACACAACUUUUUUCUACGAGAAGGCCAAUGUCCCGUCGAUCAAGAUUGACAAAGAGCAGCAAGCACAAAUCAUCCGUGAGGCGAGGGUGAGGAGCUCACAGGGCAUGGGGCUCUUUGCACCAGGCGAGUACUCGGUUGCACCAGGUGCGGUGCCCCUGACGUACGACCGUGCGGCGUGCGAGCUCACGCGAGCCGAUCGCGUCGCCGUCUACGACUUCAUGGUGGCAGAGGCGGCCAGGAUGGGGGCGGCCGUGAGCCAGCCAAUCACGGACGAGCUCUAUAUCGACUGGGCGGCCAAGCUCAAGAAGGCCCAGGCGAAGCAGAGCGGCCCCAAGUCGCACCUCGAGGUGCUGGCCGAGAUGCGUGACUACAAGCGCCGGCGCCAGAGCUACCGCGCCAAGAACGUGCACAUCACCCGGCGCUCCCACACCGAGAUCCUCCGGGAGGUGAUCACCGUGCACACGGGCGAGCUGGCGCGGCAGUGGCGCGAGGAUGCCGCGGAGGGGGGCGAGGUGGAGGGGAGUGGCGGGGAGGCAGCGGCUGCACCGCCCUCCAACGAGGACGCGCCCGACAAUCGUACGGCCGACCGACGCAGCCGGUCGAGGUCGCGAGAAACUCGGCGCUUGGAUGACCGGGAGACGAGAACCCGGAGCCAGAAUCGGGGCUGGGGCCGCGAUCACAAUCAGAACCGGAGUAGGGAACAGAGUCGGGAGCGAAGUCGGAACAGGAGUCGCCAUCAAAGUCCGGAGCGGAGCAGGCAUGGGAGCAGGGAUCGCAGUCGGGACGGGGGCCGGAGGAAUCGAAGUCCGGAGCGUAGCAAGAACUGGCGUCAGGACCGGAGUCGGAUUCAAAUCCCGGUUGCCAGUCGCAGCCGGAAUCACAGCCGGGAUCGGAGUCCAGAACGGCAGAGCAGGAAACGGGACCGGAGUCGGGACCGGGAUGAAAGCACGGAGCGGAAUAGUAAUCUCAGUCGGCAUCGGAGUCCGAAUCUAAGCCCGAAACGGAGUCGCAGCCGGAAUCAGAGUCCAGAACGGCAGAGCAGGAAACGGGACCGUAGUCGGGGCCGGGAUGAAAGCACGGAGCGGAAUAGUAAUCUCAGUCGGCAUCGGAGUCCGAAUCAAAGCCCGAAACGGAGUCGCAGCCGGAAUCGGAGCCGGAAUCGCAACCCGGAUCCCAAUUCGGAUCAGAGCAGCAGCAGCAGCAGCGGGAGCAAGAAUUCCCACGGGAUUGCCGAGAAGAAGCGACGCAAGAAGAAAAAGAAGAGGAGGAAACGGAAGCGCGAGAGGAGCCAUCGGAAGAGCCAGGAGUGUGGUGGCGGCGGUGACGAGGAGGAGAGCAGCGAGGCAACGUAGGCACCGCGUGCGCCGGUGCUGCAGCUGCGGAUAAAGGCGCAGCUCUGCAACCGCUCGCUCAUGCUGCUCCUGGCGCAAGGGCUUCCUCUCUGGGGAACUCUAAAGCGGGAAGUUGGUCUGCUCCCCACGGCCGACGGAACGUGCUGGAAGAUGAAGACGUGGACUAACCCACGCUUGUACCCCACGCGCGUGGCCUGCCUGCCAAUCGACCGACCGACCGUGGUUAAACCCCAUUCACACUGUGUGGACGGGAUUAAAGUUGAACCGGCGACGUCUGGUUUGCACGUCCAGUCUGCUGACCGCGGGCGACGGGAUCCGUCACGCCCACCACAUCUCCACGGCACGCGGGAGUUUGGCUGUGAUUUGAAAGGACCUCAAAGAGACCGUCUCUCAUGCAGGCCCUGUGGCCCCCACACUGGAUGUUAGACCGAGUUGCGUGGACGUCGCGUGCAUGACGUCAACGCGAAUAAAUCCUGUUCGCCACACAGCCGCGGUGGAACUUGACUCUGUGGGUCACGUGGUGAUGUGUGUGGCGAUUGCUGCUCAGACCGAUCCGGUGUGAACCCACUCUCACCAUAACGUCGGUGGCUCUCAGCCCCCCUUUUCCUUGUCUUCUCCCCCUGAUCUACCAGCCCAGUCAGCUGCCCGCUUACUCCUGCCGGCAUAUUUUGCGAGUAAUGCUACAGUAACAAACACAAAAAUAUUACUACGUUUUAAUUACAUUCACAUCGAAUUGACACCUACGACAUUGAGUUAACACUUCACAACCGUUAACUGUAAAUGUUUACAAUUUAAUAUUUACACUAAUAAAACCCCUUGCUGGCGCCGUGAAGCCGACCGGGAGGAAGUCACGUGGUUCGCUGGGGUGUGGAAUCGCUUUGGAAAUAUUUUGAUGGGAUUCAAGAAUGUCUUUUGUACAAUUUGUAAAAUAAGUUGCAGAAAUAAAUGGUGAUAAUCGGAACGGGAGGUAGCACCAGCAUAACACGUGGAAGGCCGAGGUGUCCAAGGCCACGGGUUCCCCAAAUUUCACGCACCAGGUAAGCACAUGGCAUUAUAAAUACUAGUGCUUUCGUUAACACGUGACCACUGCUGUUGCGUGAAUUGUUUUGCGUAUGUCUCCCACCCCCCCCCCCCCCCGUCAUCCACCCCUCCCACCCAAAGAUGUCACACGUACCCCCCCCCCCCCCCGGGUUACGCAUACUACUGAUUAACUACCCCGCUGCCCUACAUCGCACGGCCGACGUGCCGUCAAACUGUAAAGUGUGCUCGUAAUAAACGGGUUCGGGCCUUCCAACGUGUAAAAGUCUGAUGGAUUUAUUUGGCGAUAUUAAAAAAAAAACCGCCGUCCUUGGCUCGCGCGCCGCUGAACAAACCCGCACGGCUCGCGCCGUGGUUUUUGCCGCGUCGGUCGUAAUUGCUUCGGUCUCCGGCCCCCUUGCCCGCUAUUACGCGCCAGCUCUUCAACGGCCGACCCGAACGCAGCGGACGUCCGGGCGACGUCGAAUUUCAAGCAAAGCCCUGCGGCGAAAUGCACCGGCUGGACACACGUGAUUUGUAACGCGACCUGCAGGAGGAGUUGGAAGUUAUGGGUUUUCAAAUGACCAGUCUUUGCACUUAUUUUUGUUAACGUUUACAAUCCACAGGUGUGCAUGUUGAGGCACUGGCUCGAAUGACAAACAUUCUGCACGUUCGUCGGUAACGCUGCAGAGAGGCGAUCAGCUACGAAGAAGAGGGCCGUUUCCUGAUACGUCCCCUGUUAUAUAUUACAGUAAAACCUUGGGAUUGCGAGCAUAAUUCGUUGCGGAAACGUGUUUGUAAUACAAAGCACUCGUAUAUCAGUUGUGAUCACGUGAUGCUCGGCAGUACAAAGCGUAUACGUACUACUCGUAUUGCAAGACCGCGCUCGUUUAUCAAAUUAAUAUUUACUUAAAAAAUUUGCUCGUCUUGCAAAACACUCGCACACCAAGUUACUCGCACUCCAAGGUUUUUACGGUAUUGCUGUCAGGGGGCAGCGAUGUUGACGGAUGUGUUGAGUUAGUUUUUUUUCUCUGUGCUUGUGCACCGCUGCCAAUGCUCUGUCACAAUCGCUCUGUUAUUGACCUGAAUGUGUCAUUGCAUCUCUUCUCUUAUGAUGGGAAAAAAAAAACAUUUUUCCACAAUAAACCCUCGAUGAGUCUUCAGACUGAGUUUCAA